AUGUAUUUGUAUAUUCUAAUUAAAAAAAAAAAAAAAAAAAAAAAAAAUACUCAAGUUUGGAACAAUAUUAGAUAUUCAACCUAUAUUAAGAUGCCCAAGAUAAAACAUAUAAUACAUUCUGUAACACUCUACAAUAUACAACCUCCUAGCAUUAUUUCACUAAAAAAAAACAAACAAGUAGUAUUAUUUCAGGGUGAUCUUUUAAUUUUUGAAGAUUUCGAACUAUCUAGUAGUAAUAGUGUACCGAAAUGUUCGCUUAUAUUGGAAUUUAUACACACAUUUAACAAUAUUGACACUAUUCCACAUAUUUUUUGUCGAACAAGUAAAAUAGACAAUCUAGCAAAAUUUGAUGAAACUAUUGUGCCUUUUGUUAAUGAUAAAAGAAAGUAUAAGAUUAUUAUGACCACAAUAAAAUCAAAGAGUGAAAAUAAGUUGAUCUUUUCAAAUAAAACUAAUAAUAAUACACAAAUGUACAUGAGAAUACCGUUGGAACUAAGAGUUGGUGAUCAAACACAACAAACUAAAUUGGCCGAUUUGUUUUCGAGGAUACGUGAUGAGUUUGAAUUAAUAGAAGAAAUGUAUUAUACGUAG